AUGGAAUUAAAAGAACUUUUUCAUGAUAAUGAAAUAUCAAAUUGUACAUAUUAUAUUAAAAUGUUAGCUGAUAUAAUUACAGUAAAACAAUGGAAUGAAUAUAAAAUGUCUUUUGAAAAUUUGCGCGAAUCUGAUAUGUAUACGAUUGUUAUUUUAUCAUUAUUUGCUUUUAUUAUUGUUGUUUUAAUGGUAAGAGCCAUAAAACCAAGUGAUAAUAUUGAUGACCAAGUUAAUUUAAUGUUAAAUUCAAUGCGUGCUAGAGUAGAUAUUGAACAUGAUUAUAGAGAGAAAAAAAAAUUAAUAGAAGCAAAAACAAAGAUACAAGCUUGGUUAAAUAAUGUAAAAUGUAAAAGAGUUGGUGGAUUAUCAUUUAAAAAUCGCUCAUCUUUUAAUAUAACACAUCAUCAAUCCUUAGAUUCUAAAAUAUUCCCUCAUAGUAAUAAAAAAAUUUUAAAUACAACAUUAUGCACUUUAAGAAAACAACCAAUUAAAAAAAUUGAAAAUAAUGAAAUGCCGGUUAUUAACAAAUUUUCACGAAAUUCUUGUUGUUCAUUAUUUGUUCCAGAAAUUGUAGUUACUAAUGAGAAUACUGGUAAGGGAAGCAUUAGUAGUAUUUGUUCAUUAGUUGAUUAUAAUGAUGACAAUGAAGCUAAUAGUAGUUUAUCAAGUUGUCCGCCUAGCAGACCACUAUCAUCUAAUAGUGGAGAAUGUUCAAAUUCAUCUGGAGGAAUUUAA